AUGCUACGGCUAGCCCUUCGCGCUCCUCGCCCCCACCCUCCCGUCUCCGGGAACAAUUCCUCAAACAGGGGAAACUUAACAUUCACUGCAUAUCUCGCUUAUUACGCAUUCAAUGAGAAAUCCCCGCAACGCCGCCAGGGGAGACUCCCGUUCGAUUGUUUCGCGACAAUCAUCAUCCCGUACUCUCCCCGGUCACUGUUGCACCGGGAUUCUGUACCUCAUUGUGUGUUGCACGGGGGGAGCUCGCCGCGACCAGCGGGAGUUCCGCCUAGGAGUUGGACCCUCGCGCGGUUCCCCGCUGCUCUCCGAGUGGACCAGCUCGUCGCGACCGCUUCUUGCCCCGCGGGGAUGGCGGACAAAAACUAUCCGCCCUUCGGCAUUAGAUUUAGCGUGGCGGGU